CACCAAAUAUAUUCAAAGGCUUCAUCUUUAAGCUCGUUUCACUGUUUCAGCAUCUAUGUGGAGCAAUCUUCCCUUUGAUGUUUUAGCUAAUAUCUUCUCCUUUCUCUCCCCAGAUUCUCUAGCCAGAGCUAGAUCAGCCUGCAAGAAUUGGAACCUAUGUUCCAAGACUUGUAACUCUUUUAACUUAUCAGCCUCAAGACCACAUUCUACUCACCAACCGUGGUUCUUGGGUCUUCCAAUUAGGAACCAGAAGCCAUGUUGCUAUGCUCACAAUCCAGUCCUCAACAAUUGGUAUGAGUUAUCCCUAGAGUUUUUGCCAGUGCCUGUGAGAGCAGUUUCUCCUAUAGGGAGCCUCCUUCUGUUAAAAGUCUCUCAUUCUAUUACUCUCCAACUUGCUAUAUGCAAUCCCUUUUCAAGGCAGUUUCGUUAUCUUCCUCAAUUGAACAUUUCAAGAACAAACCCAGCAGUGGGAGUUGUAGUUUUGAACCAGGGAGUUCAAUUCCCUUCCUUUAGAAUCUAUGUGGCCGGGGGGAUGUCCGAGGCCACGCAAGGCGGUGGCGCCACCUAUGAACGCACGACAGAGAUGUAUGACUCACAGCUUGACGAGUGGCGGAUUGUGGGGUCCAUGCCGGUGGAAUUUGCCGUCAGGCUUACAGUUUGGACUCCAAAUGAGAGUGUACGCAUUGAGAAUGUUUUAUAUUGGAUCACUUCUGCGAGAGUUUACAGUGUAAUUGGGUUUGACAUUGCCACAAACACAUGGGAGGAGCUAAGUGUGCCCAUGGCAGAGAUGCUAGAAUUUGCCACACUCGUUCGGAGGAAUGGGGUUUUGGGUUUGGUUGGAGGGACAAGUGGUGGGGAUGCUUGUAUUUGGGAGAUGAAGGAAGGGAAAGUUUGGGGUUUGAAAAAUAAGGUACCAGGUGAAUUGGGGUGGAAAUUGUUGGGAGGAAACAAGAGGAAUUGGGAUGGUACAAAGUGUGUGGGAAAUGAUGAAGCUAUUUGUUUGUACAGAGACCUUGGUUCAGGCAUGGUGGUUUGGAGAGGAGUUAGAAAUGAGAGUAGUGAAUGGGAAUGGAAUUGGGUUGAAGGGUGUGAUUGCAUCAAGGGUAAAAAGGUCCACAGAUGCUCAAUAAGGGGAAUACUAAUUCACCCAAGCCUUGCUUCUACUUGCAUUUUUUGAUUGAGGGACAUGGCAUUCUUGACUAUUUUCAUGUCUCUCUCACAACACCUAGCUAGUUGCGUGAUUUUGUAAGCAAUAAAUCGAGAAGGCCGAGUAAUAUAUAUCAUUCAAUAUUUGUAAAACUACUUGGUAAUAAUUCUAUGGUGUUUCUUCAACUGUA